CGCGCCGGGACUGGGGCGGCAGCGGGAGCGGGAGCGGCGGCGGCGCGCCUGGCCCGGGAUGGCGAUGUUCCGCAGCCUGGUGGCCUCGGCGCAGCAGCGGCAGUCACCGGGCGGGCCCGCGGGCGGCGACAGCGGCCUGGAGGCGCAGUUCAGCUGUCCCAUCUGCCUGGAGGUGUAUCACCGGCCCGUGGCCAUCGGCGGCUGCGGCCACACGUUCUGUGGGGAGUGUCUCCAACCGUGUCUUCAGGUGACAUCUCCUCUGUGCCCACUCUGCCGCCUGCCCUUCGACCCCAAGAAGGUGGACAAGGCCGUCCAUGUGGAGAAACAACUGUCGGCUUACAAGGCUCCCUGCCGGGGCUGCAACAAAAAGGUGGCGCUGGCCAAGAUGAGGGUGCACGCAGCCUCCUGUGCCAAGGUCCAGGAGCAGAUGGCCAGCUGCCCCAAGUUUGCUCCCGUGGUGCCCACAUCACAGCCUAUCCCCAGCACCAUCCCCAACAGGUCCACCUUCACCUGCCCUUACUGUGGUGCCCGCAACCUGGACCAGCAGGAGCUGCUGCGCCACUGUGUGGACAACCACCGAAGUGACCCCAACCGUGUGGUGUGCCCCAUCUGUUCGGCCAUGCCUUGGGGUGACCCCAGCUACAAGAGCGCCAACUUUCUACAGCACCUGCUGCAUCGGCACAAGUUCUCCUACGACACCUUUGUGGACUACAGCAUUGACGAGGAAGCUGCCUUCCAGGCCGCCCUGGCCUUGUCCCUGUCAGAGAACUGAAGAAUAGGACCACCUGUCCCCUCCGUGGGGAUGGACCUGCCGCAGCCCGUCCGGCUGAGAAGCGCCUCGUCACAGGGCUGGCUUGGGCAAACUGGAGUGGCUGCUCUCCUGUCUGUCCACCCAUGGCUGCUUUGCCACUGCCAGCGCUAUCUCGUCUGUCUGACCCAUGUGGUUCUGCAGCGCCAGCCCUUCUGCACUUUCCCACAGGCUGGGCCUCAGCCUCCUGGUCUCCCCAGUGGACCCAACAGUUGCUCCGGCCUCUGUGUUUGAUUAGGAACUAGAGUAUUUUUAUGGAACAUUUACAAAAUUCUAUUUUUAAAGAGAAAGAGCCACACUGAGCCGUGGGGUGACUGGGUCAUGCCCAGGGGGCUGCACCCCAACCCACUGCCGCCCCCUGGGAUGAAUGGGGGGGCCCCCGAACAGGAAAUAAAACCUUUCUGAGCA